CCAAAGUUUAGUGUAUGGUGACUGAUAAUGCAUCCAACAUGAUCUUAAGUGCCCAGCUACUGAACCUUCGGCAUGUCCCAUGUUUUGCCCACAAUUUAAAUUUAAUUGUAAAAAAGGCCCUAGAUCAAACCCCACUCAUCAAUGAAAUACGACAGAAAGCCAGAAAGAUAGUGGGGUUAUUUAGAUCCAGCUGCAAAGCAAAGGACAAGCUUGUGGAGAUGCAGGGCUUGAUGGGCAGACCAGCUCUGAAACUGAUGCAGGAGGUGGACACAAGAUGGAACAGCACUUACGACAUGUUGCAGCGCUUGUAUGAGCAACGAGAGCCAGUGGGUGCAGCGCUAUCAAAUUUAAACAGUGAUACUGCUCCGCUGACAAGUUUUGAGUAUAACAUUAUACAAGAAUCAUUGUCACUACUGCAGCCUUUCAAACUCGCAACGACAGAGUUGUCAGAGGAACAGAGAGUGUCUGCUUCAAAGCUCAUACCACUUUACAGGAUGUUGCAGCACAAACUAUCGCAGAAAAAAGGCCAAUCAGCACAGGAAUCAACUGCACAAUUAGGCACACACCUGCAAGAAGGUCUGCACUCAAGAUGUGGUGGGUACGAGUCAUUCAGAGCCUUGGCUCUGGCUACACUGCUGGACCCAAGGUUCAAAAAUGUGGGUUUUGGAAAUCCUGCCAAAACCCAGGAGGCUGAAAAGCAGAUCACACUGGAGUGUGCUUCGCUGAUGCGUUCAAACACAGCAACUCCUGGUAAGCAGUUUCACUCUUCAUCUGACAUUAUGGAGUUAUGUCAUCUGAAUAAUUAUGUGACUUAUACUUCAUAUAUGCUGUCAGUUUAGACUUAGUAACUAAUUGUUGUUUUUACUUUCAUUCAGAGCCACAGUCAACAUCAGGCCCAUCAUCAUCAUCAUCAACAACAACAUCAACAACAGAAACCCAGGACAGUUUAUGGGAACUUUUUGAUAGUCGUAUC